AUCUUGUGUUAGUUAGAAGACAAGUUAAGAGUCAACUAUAUUAAUGUAUGCAGUUGAGCUUGGAGUCUUGAACGAAGUUGCGUGUGACAAUUUUAUCUUUUGAUAAAUACUUUAGACAAUUUUUAAUCCAUUUUUCAUGUGUCUAAGUAUAUCAACAUCAAUCCAUAAGACAGACACUUUGGCACGAUGUAUCAAAACCUUAUCGCUCUGUUAAGGGUACGAAAAAAACAUAAUGGUCAAAGUUUCAGCUUCUUGUUUGGGAGGAAAGUUCAAAGACCAUUAACACUUUGUCCCACCUUCGGAAAUACGAUACACGAUAACAUGUGUUUACAAAGACGACCACACCAAAACAUGUGGUACAAAAGUCCUCAUUUGAGAUUUGUAAAAGAGUUUUGUGUACGCUCUUUGUUGCCACAAAUGUUCAUCUGUCUUUCUCAGCAAAAUCUUUCAAAACCAAGGCUUUAGAUACCUUUGUAAAUAAAACAAAAAAGUUACUUGAAAGUUAAACCAUAGGGUUAUACUUAUCUUUUACCGGUUAUGAGAAUUAGUUUGAAUACUUUGAAAGAUUCAGAUUUGUUAAGGGAUUCCAACUUAAAAUCAAUUAGUAAUAAGUAGGUUGAUCUAAACUUUUUAUAUAUUACUUAAGGUUUUAUUAAAUUUUCGAUGUGGGAUAUUCUAUUCCAAUACAUUUUAUCAAGAUGAGACAAAAUCAAACGUCAUGUUCGUAAAUACUCUGUUUGGUAUAUGCAAGUUUCUUUUUGGUGUUGGUCCACGUAAAUACGUUUGGUCAUCAAAGACGUAAAAUCAACCAACCUACUCUAAGAGAGAAAACACUAACAAACAAAUAAUAAUAAAGAAAUGGAAUUUUCUCCUCUGCCAUAGCACUUAUCGCCACAUCGGAAAUUGAUAGGAUACAUGCAACAAAGAAGUCAACAGUUAAGAGUCUUGUGGCUUUUCUUUCAUUUGUUUUACUUAUUCAAUAACGAGAACUAGUCUCCUCCUUGUUUGUAGGAAACAGUUCUCCACUUUCCCUUGUUCCCAUUUUGUAAGGAGUUAAUGACUCCACUUUCUAAUUUUUGUUAUUUGCUUUUGUACUCUCUAUUUAAAAAAAUGAAAAAGACAAAAAGAGGUAGACUUAUCUACUAAAAAAAAAACGUGUAUUGUUGUGUUCUCUUGUGUGUUUAUGUUUCUAGAUCAACAUUGAUAUCUCUUGGCAAAUGACCUAUCAGAAAUCUAGUCUUUCCUGUCUACAAGGAGUAACAAAAAGUCAACCCGACACAAGUAGUUAAGCUGAUCAAAGAUUGCGUCUAGGAGGUUGAUCCACAGACACAAAAUGAUGAGUUACAUAAUAAACGCGAGUCAUGUGACUAGAGAUUCUUACAAUCAAUCGGUAAUGGAAUCGGUAGCUGAUAUAGGAGAACUUUUAACCGAGUUACUGAGAAAACUACUAUAAACUUUAAAUUAGCCGGGAGAAUUAUCAUAUAAUUUGAGCCAAUUUUUUUUUAAAUCAAGCUUUUGAGUUGAUUACUUAAAUAAAAUUAAAUAUCAGGGGCACGUCUGUCGUAAGCUACAUCUGCCCCUGAAUGGAGUGCCAUGUGGAACUUGUCAAGCUCAUCUUAAACACCUAUUAGUACAAGAACAUAGCCGCUUUAGGAAUCUCAGUGAGCAAGAAGUAUUGACGAGGUCGGUGAGGGAUCUCGCAGGUCAUUUCCCUGCGUAAAACUUAAUUAUCUUCUACCAAACGACUUGACUAUAAACAUUAUAUCUCAAUACAUAAACAUAUCUUUGGACCUUUGUUUUGUUUUAUUUAAUUUCCUCGUACAUGAACAUUGAACCAACUUGGGGACGAGUCUGACGACUGACGUACGCGAUUACAUCAAUUUUGAUCAUUAUGAUCAAAAGGCUAACUGAAUCUAUAAUUAUACGUAACAGUCAACAAUGUGUAAUGAGUGUGUGACAGUUGGGACUUUAUAUGGUAUGACAAAUUUCUAAAAUAAUCGCGUGUUGCAAGUGUAAUCUAUAAGCAUUUAUAAUAUCAUCAGAUUCAGGCCACAUCUUCUAUUCUCUGACAUGCACUUAUCUUCGUUAUCUUAGUUGCCAUACUUACAAUAGAAAAUGGCAGAGAUCUGUUUUCUAGUGCGGUCCAAUCAAACCGCUAUUUUGUAUUGACAUUAGUUUUGACAAGGUAAUUCGUAACUUUUUUUAUAGAAAAGCUCAUAUAGGUAACUCGUACUUAUAUGAACCUCUCUAUUGGUUUACAUGAUUCGUUUUACUCGGAUUUUGUUAAACAUUUUAUCAUGCCGACACGGCGACACAGAAAGCCCUCAACAUGAAGUGUGAGGCAAAUAGACAAACCCCACAUACUACAUUUAUGCAUUUUCCUAUACAGCAAGAUAUAUCAUAUAUGUAGCAUAGUUGAAAAAGCAAAGAAGACGUCAUACAUAACGUAUGAUUCAUUCAAGUAUAUACCCUAGUCAUACAUAUCACAUUAAUUAAACUAACUAUUAGGUGUUAGAAAAAACCUAAACCAAAUCUAACCAACCAAAGUUAAACCAACUCAAGACAAACCAUAUUCUGUUUUAUAAAUAGUGUACUGUCAACUGACGCCAAAAAAAUAGUGUCAAUUAGAAAGUUUUCACAUAUAUUUUAAAUUAUUUAUUGUUAUAUGAAAAUUAUAUUUUUUAAAUACACUAAUUUUAUAAUUAACAUGUUCAAAUAAUAUUGUUAAAGUUGGGUUUUAAUUUAAAAAUUUAUAUUAAAAUAACACUUUUCUGUUAGGAUAGUGAGGAAGUAUUGAACUUAAAUGCUUUUAAUGAAUUUUUCAUCUGGUCAAUGUUAAACUUUUAGUUUUUCAACGGUCAAAUGUUAAAACUUAAAAAAAUGCAUACAAAAGAAUAAAAUCAUCAUUUAUGCUGGAAGCAAAGUGAGUUAAAUUUAGGCCUAACUCCUACGUUACCACAAAGUUGAAAAAUGGUAACCACUAAAAGCAGAUGAUCACAAGUCUACGAAACUAAAUCAGAAAGGCAAAAAGAAAAAAAAAAGAUUCGGAAAGUCCAUACACAUUUUAAAGAAAAUGUUCUAAAAGUAAAUCACAAAUGAAGCAUAAUUUUAUCGACAGAAAAAGCAAAACAUAAAAAUGAAAUUAUUAAACAAAAAGUUAUGUUAUUAUAACUUUAAUGAAUCUAAUUUUUUUAAAUAGAAAGCUCCGUUUAUAACCAAAGUAGUCGCAACUCGCAAGUGAUACUGUAUGAAACCUUGUGCUCGACUGUCAUGCACUUUGUCAGUUUCCGUCGGCCAAAAAAAAAACUGUCAAAAAAACAAUAAAAAGUUUCUCUCUUUCUCUUCUCUCUCUCUGGAGAAUCUCAAGCCGUUUCGUUUCUUCCGCCAAGCUCACGCCUUUGCCGCCGGAUCGACUCUGCUCCGGCGACCCAUUACAGGGUUGCUUGGUAGCUGUGGAGGUUUAUUUGUCUAGCGUUAUCGCUAAGUAGCUUCUGGGUUUGGUUUGGUUUGAUUUAUUGAAAGUCUCCAUUUUUAUUAAGUGAAAGGUAAUUGCUUUCUUGGAGUGAGAGGUCUGAGUUUUCUAGGGUUCUUAUUCUGAUUUAAGUUUAGUAAUGGCGGAACCUGCUAUGGUGGAACGAGGGAUACAUAGCUUAAUAACUGCAGCUAACCAUUUGAAAUCGAGUCUAGAGAAAUCUAAAGCCAUUGGUGUAGCUUUGGAGCGCACCGGUCCUAGAUUUGAUGAGAUUGAGCAGAGACUACCUUCCCUUGAAGCCGCUGUAAGACCCAUACGAGCAGACAGAGAAGCUCUCGUAGCUGUCGGUGGCCACAUUAACCGAGCCGUUGGUCCAGCAGCUGCAGUCCUCAAGGUGUUCGACGCUGUCCACGGACUCGAGAAGUCUUUGCUAUCAGACCCCAAGAACGAUCUCUCCGGCUACUUAGCCGUAUUAAAGCGGUUAGAGGAAGCCUUGAGGUUCCUAGGCGAGAACUGUGGGUUAGCUAUCCAGUGGCUGGAGGACAUAGUCGAGUAUCUGGAAGACCACAGCGUUGCUGAUGAGAAGUAUCUUUCGAAUCUGAAGAAGUCUUUGAGAGGUCUGAGAGAGUUUCAACAAGAGAAAGCUCGCCUUGACGGCGGGCUUAGGGACGCUGCUUUGGACAAGCUUGAGAACGAGUUCAGGAGGCUGUUGAAGGACAACAGCGUCCCACUUCCCAUGGCGUCUCCGUCGCCGUCAUUAGGAGAGCAAGCGUGCAUUGCGCCGUCUCAGCUGCCUGUGACCGUAAUCCACAAACUGCAAGCCGUUCUUGGAAGACUUAGAGUGAAUAACAGACUCGAAAAGUGCGUUUCGAUAUACGUGGAAGUGAGGAGCUCUAACGUUAGAGCUAGUCUUCAAGCGCUUGACUUAGACUAUCUAGACAUAUCAGUAACCGAGUUCAACGACGUGCAGAGCAUAGAAGGGUAUAUAUCUCAGUGGGGGAACCAUCUAGAGUUUGCUGUUAAGCAUCUUUUCGAAGCAGAGUUCAAGCUUUGCAACGAUGUGUUUGAGAGAUUCGGUUCAAAUGUGUGGAUGGAUUGCUUCUCCAAGAUCGCUGCUCAAGCGGGGAUGCUGGCGUUUCUCCAGUUUGGUAAAACAGUUACCGAUUCCAAGAAAGAUCCAAUCAAGCUUCUGAAGCUGUUAGACAUCUUCACUUCUUUAAACAAACUGAGGGGAGACUUUAACCGUCUCUUCGGCGGAGCAGCUUGUGCUGAGAUCCAAAGCUUCACUAGAGAUCUCAUCAAGAAGCUGAUAGACGGCGCGGCGGAGAUCUUCUGGGAGCUUCUGGUUCAGGUGGAGAUUCAGAAGCAGAUCCCGCCGCCUAGCGACGGCGGUCUGCCUAGGCUAGUCAGUUUUGUGACUGAUUACUGCAAUAAACUUGUAGGAGAUAAGUACAAAUCAACGCUCACUCAAGUUCUGCUCAUACAUAAGAGCUGGAGAUCAGAGAGGUUUCAAGAGAAUCAGCUAACGGUUGAGAUUCUAAGAAUCAUCAAAAUGAUUGAGCAGAACAUGGACUCGUGGAUGAAAGCCUAUCCGGAUCAAACGCUAGCUCAUUUCUUCGGUAUGAACAAUCAUUACCAUCUAUACAAGAGCUUAAAGGGUACGAGGAUUGGAGAUCAGUUAGGAGACUCCUGGCUGAAGGAGCAUGAUCAGUACAAAGAGUAUUACGCUACCGUCUUCCUUAGAGACACUUGGGGUAAGCUCCCAAGCCAUUUGAGCAGGGAAGGGCUUAUACUCUUCUCUGGCGGGCACGCCACGGCGCGUGAUCUCGUCAAGAAGAGGCUGAAGUCUUUUAACGAUGCGUUUGAUGAGAUGUAUAAGAAGCAGUCCACGUGGGUCGUGCCUGAGAAAGAUUUGAGGGAGAGGGUUUGUCAGCAGAUAGUUCAAGCUGUUGUGCCGGUUUACAGAAGCUAUAUGCAGAACUAUGGGCCGUUGGUUGAGAAAGACGCUAGUUCGAGCAAGUACGUGAGGUACACUGUGGUGGCUUUGGAGAAGAUUCUCAGCUCUCUUUACAUACCUAGGCCUAUGAGAUAUGGGAGUUUUAAGGGUACACCGCCGAGUGAGAAACUCAGGAACGAUGUUGAUCUUAGACGCACUACUUCAGCUGUUGUAUGAUUGAAGCCAUGUUCCGUUGUCUGAAGAUGUGAUCAUGUUGUGUCUGCUCUUCCAUCUCCUGGGAGGAUUAUCUUCAGUGGAGAAGCAGAUGUAGACUUUUUAUACGUAUAUAAGAUACUGUCACUCUAGGUAUAGCUUUUUAGUCAUUGAUCAAGUCCCCUUAGUUCAUUUAUGUCUUGAGGUUUCAUGUUAGGGGUUAAGAUUAUUCUAUUUAGUGAGAUAGCUAGAAGAUCAGUAAUGUUCUUGUUCUUAAUUGUUGUGCUACGUUUGUGACAUUUUAUGAAUUUUUUUUUUAAAUAAUGGAAAAUGUAUGAACAAAACA